UCGCCGGUCGGGUUGCAGUUUGAGGGGAAAAAAGGGGAAAGCUUCUGGCGGAGGAAGAAUCUGCGGUGCGGAGAGAUGAACCCCAGGGAUAAUGUCGAGACAGGAGAGACUGAAAAUCAGCCGGAGAGCUUCUGCGUGCCGAUUCCAGAUGAAGGGCCGUGUAAGAAGGAGCAGGAGAAGCUGUCAGGGGUCGUCAAAAACGUCCACAGGAAGCUGCGCAGAAAAUACAGAGAGGUGGGUGACUUUGACAAGAUCUGGCGCGAGCACUGCGAGGACGAGCAGACGCUGAGUGAGUACGCCCUCGCCAUGAAGAACCUCGCAGACAGCCACUGGACCAAAAACUGCGAAGGAGAAGGCCGCAUCGAAUGGUGUCGUAGUGUCUGUCAAGAGUUUUUCUUGGACGGAGGGAUGAAAAGAAUGUUAGAAAAGGAUGACAAAAGCACUGCAAUGGCCAUGAGUCCAGCUGCAGCAUCUGUUGGUGCUGAAACUCACAACACCAUCCCAAGUCCCGUCUUUCAGCUGGGGAAGAUUCGCCUUCUGGACGUGGGAAGCUGCUUCAACCCUUUCCUGAAGUUUGAUGAGUUCCUGACCGUUGGGAUCGACAUCGUGCCUGCAGUAGAGAGUGUGUACAAGUGUGACUUCCUCAACCUGCAGCUUCAGCAGCCUCUCCAGCUGGCAGGUGAUGCAGUCGAGGCUUUCCUCCGUCACCUCCACAACCCAAUCGACGCCCUGCCAGCCCAGCUGUUUCACGUGGUGGUCUUCUCCCUGCUUCUCUCCUAUUUCCCCUCACCAUACCAGCGCUGGAUCUGCUGCAAGAAGGCCCACGAGCUGCUGGAGCUGCACGGCCUGCUGCUCAUCAUCACACCCGACUCGUCUCACCAGAACCGCCACGCCCUCAUGAUGCGCAGCUGGCGGGUGGCAGUGGAGUCAUUGGGCUUCAAGCGCUACAAAUACGUCAAAUAUUCCCACAUGCACCUCAUCGCCUUCCGCAAGGUGUGUCUGGCCACCACCAGCGACCUGGUGUCACGCAACUACCCCGAGAUGCUCUACAUCCCUCAGGACUUCAACUCCAACGAGGAGGAGGAUUGUUCCGACGUGUCGGCACAGGUGCGCUCCGAGUUUGAGGAUGACCAGCUGGCUUGGGGCUUCACGGAGCUACCGGACACGCCGUACGAUUCCGAUUCAGGGGAGAGUCAGGGCAGCUCUGUCCCUGGAUUUCAUGAGCUUGAGGAUCCCGUUCUUCUUCAGAGCUAGACUAAAAUGACCUUUCCUCCUCCUGACUGUCUCCUUCCCUUCUGCUGCUGCGCUGCCAAAUUCAAACCUGCUGCAUUCUUCUCCCACUCCCCUUUGUUAAAGAAAAAAAAUGCAGUUUGCACAGUGUGAAAGAGAGUUUACAGAUUAUUUUUUCAUAUCCACACUCCUUUGAGAGCAUACGCACACACACACACACACACACACACACACACACACAGACACUAAGAUGGGUAUAUUUUGAUAAAUAGUUUUUUUUCCAAGUUGGAAAUUGAUUGCUCUUAAGUUAUCUUAUCUCCCCGCUCCGUCAUUAAAAAAAAAAUAAAAAGAAGAAGUCACCAUCUCCAAGUCAGCUGUUAGCUAAUACAAGUUAGCUUGUUUCCAUUCUGUGCUCAGUCUCUGUUCGAAUAAGCUAUAUGUCACAGACUGCUCGGUACAGAAGCCAAAGACAGCACCUCCCAGCAGUCUGACUGAAGUUUGAUUGCACUGGAGAGACUGAGGAGGAAUGUGUGAACCGGUACGCUUGCUCCUUUCAGUCAUGCAGCUCUGAGAACUCUUCAUGCGCAUUUAGUUUUCCAAAGCAAACAACAUAAAAAAGAGAAAAGUUAUAGUUUUCAAAUAUAUAUUCUUAGUCAAACAUUGGUGUUAUCUAGUAUAAUGUGUGUCGAUGCCAUUUUUAAUUCUUCUGAGUGAUUUGUGCGUCUUUUAUGAGAACGUAGUAUUGUAGCAUUGUAGAGAUUUUCUGAAUCAAUAGAAGUGUUACUAGGUUUACUGGUGUGAAAAUGUAACUGUUCACUUGUUGUUUAGCAAGGUACGAGUGCAAAAUAGGUAUUACACUUAAGGGUUGGGCGACUGGAUGAAUAUAUGGAUGAUGAGCGAAGAGAGUUCAUCAGAUUAUUUUAAGGACGAUGUUUUCUGCCUUUUUAAAAUAAUUUCCAGCACACAAAGUCUCUAACUUGACCACCUGACAGCUGCUGUCACUUCAUUGCUCAGCAAAGAUUGGGCUCAUUAAUUUAUUCGAUUCAGCAACAAUGAAUGUGAAAGUUUUAUCUUGUAACAAAAAAGAUAUACAGUUCAAAGUUUUUCUAAAACAAAAGGAUUUAGGAGCUAAUCUAGCAGCAGCUGCGUAAAGAAUCAAGAAUUAAUUAAAAAAUAUAUCCUGUAUUGCCUAAAUUAAAUUCCUGAUUCAUUGAUGUUUAAAAUAUAAAACAAACUUUAGGCAACAAAGAAGAAAAAACACGUGAUUAGUGAUUGAGAUGUUCUUAUUUAUAAAAACCUUUGCCAAAAGCCGAAUAGAAUAAAACAGCCACCAGUUUUUAAAAGACUAAAUGUAGUGGAGAGUUUUCCUCAUCGAUCAGGUGUGGAGGUAAUUCUCUGAGUGUCGCAGCAGCUGUUUCACAAUCAACUGUCAGUUAAGUCUCUGAAUUAAAGACAUUUUCUUAAGUUCUGAGUUAAAGCUGCCUGUGUCCAAGUGAAGCACACACGUAAUGUCUGACUGCUCGUCACGAGACACCGAGAGCAGAGAAGAGGGCUUGAACAGAUUUAAACCUUUGUUUCCUCAGCGGUGACACCUUUCCUCACCCUUUAUGCACUCAUGGUCUGAAGCAGACCACAUCCUAACUGAAAGCCGUUUAAAGACAUUUUUCCUGCAGAUUCUGGCUUUCAAAUACAGAGUAUUUGCUGACAGUGUUAGACAUGUAUCACAUCAUAAAACUACCACCCGGGGCUUGUUGCACACAUUGAGUUUAGUUCUUGUUCAAGGCUUUGAGUCAUUCCUUGGUUUCAAACCAAAGUGAUCUUUAUUUAGUGACUUGGUGAUAUGUUUGACCACAGAUCGACUACUUCUGAGAUUGUGCAAGGAGAAUUUAUUGUUUUGCUUCAAAAAAAUAAAACCAAACAAAAGCACCUUUAAAGCCAGCUGUGUGAAUAAAUCACCAAUAAUCCGUUGUCGGACCGAUGUUGCCCGAUGGAAAAAAUAGUUUAUCUUGUCGCCCAACCCUGUUACACUUUCCCCCUCAUUUUGUUUUACCAUGAUGUUGAGUCAGUUCUAAUUUUCUCUCCUUUUAUCGUUUUUGAGCAGAGAAGUGAAACAUGUUGCAAGUCAUUGAUGUGAAUUUAACUAAAGUGCACCUGUAUCAACAUAGCUUUGUUUUGAUUGAUCUGUUUGAAUUUGAAUACAAAAAGUCUCAAAAAUGAUCCAAAUCGGAGCUCCUUGCUGUCAGAUGAUUCACCUUGACUGAAGAGAUUUGCACUAAUUUGCAGGUUUGACCUGUUGACUUUCAGAAACAGGUGAAAUGCUGCAGAUUUCAGGAAGAUUCGUUGAGACAAAAACAAAAAAAGUGUGAUGAUACAGAAUUUUAUGAGAAGUUUUUGCUAAAGACACUACCUGGUGAAAUGUUUGUGUGCUCCUGCUGGUUCCUGAAAGGGCCAGUGCUGUGGAUUGUGUUGGGUUUGUGAGGAUGAAUGUUGGUUUUUUAUUUUAUUUUUUAAUUGUCAGUGGCACUUUAUAAUAGAUCUCAUUGGGUGUCACAAAAUUUGUGAAAAUGAUUUCCCAUAGAAACUAUUGACAAGUGAAGUACACGGUGCCUUGUGUGCUCUUGGUUGUUUGGCCUCUGGAGAAAAUUAGGAUUACACAAUUUUAUUAACCAGGCAUGAAGCUCGUUUGGCCAAAUUGCACACAAAUAUUUUCAGUUUGCCUCUAUCAUAUCAAGGAAGCAGGAAAUAUUUCUGUAUUUGUGUGUUGGAUUUUGUUCCCAUUUUCAUAUCAUUAUCAGGGUAAACAGAAAACAGUCGUCAUACCACACCGUCAGACUUCAACAGGCAUGUUUUGUGGUGUCUUCCAGUAUUUUUGUGUCUGUGAGGGGCCCAUUUACAAAGUUUAUUUUCAUUAUCAACACUGAUGAAGAACAAUGAGUGCUUACGAAGUGGUUGUAUUUCUCUUAUAAACGAAUGUAAAUGAAA